GCUGAGUGUCUAGUUUUUUUCUCUGCAGUUCCUUGCUAGCAGCUGUCCUGCGCGCCUGCGCAUUGCCGACCUGGAAAUUUGUCUGCUACUCGUGACAGAAUUUGGAUAGAGUUCACAACAGUAAUUUCUGUAAUGGAGAAAAGCAUUAUGAGUGACUGCUCCCCUGCAACUGGUAGCCAGGAUUUUGAUGUCUUCAGUGCUAUGGAUUGGAAGGAUGGAAUAGCUACACUUCCAGGGAGUGAUCUAAAGUUCAGAAUAAAUGAAUUUGGUGCAUUGGAGAUAAUCACAGAUGAAACUGAAGUAGAUAGAAUAAAGAAGGCAACUGCAACAACAACAUGGAGUGUGCCCACUGCACAGGAAGUUUUAUCCAGAAAUUCCGUUCCAUCAAAUAUGGAAGAGCCACCCAGUAUGGAAGGCAUACUUUGCUGUGAGAAUUGCGGUCACUAUGGGAUGACUGAAGAGUUUAGUCAUGGAAGUAAAUUUUGUAGUGAAAAAUGUACGCAGCAGGCAAAGGAGAAGGUGUCCGUCUUGAAAAAGGAACCACCAACAUGUAACAGUGAAGAAGUUUCAAAAUACAAUCGGAAAAAAAGACAAAAGCCAGCUCUGUCUUUAAAAGGCGAUAUUAAAGAAAAUGGAGAGAUGUUGAAGGAAGAGGAGGAAGACAUUGAAGAGAAAGCAGGAGAGCUGAAGAUGCUGAAGGUAACACAGAACAACCAAACUCGAGCUCGGAGAAAAAGAAAAUGUGACUCUGGAUUAUUAAAACAAACUUUAACUUUCGGAGGGAAGAGAAAAACCUGGUGUUGGGCUUCUUAUUUGGAUGAAGAGAAAGCUGUGGCAGCACCUACUAAGCUUUUUAGAGAGUAUCAAUCAUUUCCGCAGAGUAAAAAUGGAUUUAAAGUUGGAAUGAAACUUGAAGGGGUUGACCCAGAGCAUCCAUCCAUGUACUGUGUUCUUACUGUGGCUGAGGUGUCUGGCUACAGAAUAAGGCUCCACUUUGACAAAUAUGCUGAUUGCUAUGACUUCUGGGUAAACGCAGACUCGCCAGACAUUCAUCCUGUUGGAUGGUGUGAGAAAACUGGACAUAAGCUUAAUCCUCCCAGAGGGUACAGAGAAGAUGAGUUUAACUGGCCGACAUACCUGAAGAUGUGCAAGGCUCAAGCUGUUCCCAAGUCUCUGUUUGAAAACCAAAACACGACAAUUACACCAUUGGGCUUUCGAUUGGGUAUGAAACUGGAAGCUGUCGAUAAAAAGAAUCCAGAGUUUAUUUGUGUGGCGACGGUUUCCGAUAUGGUUGAUAAUCGUUUCCUGGUGCAUUUUGACAACUGGGAUGAAAGUUAUGACUACUGGUGUGAUGCUACUAGUCCUUACAUUCACCCAGUUGGAUGGUGCCAGCAGCACGGGAAAAUCCUUACAAUCCCACCAGAUUAUCAUGAUCCUAAGCAUUUUUCAUGGGAGAAAUACUUAGAAGAAACGAACUCUUUACCUGCACCUGCACGGGCUUUUAAAUCUCGGCCUGCACAUGGAUUUCUACCAAACAUGAAAUUUGAGGUUGUUGACAAGCGGAAUCCGAUGCUUAUUAGAGUAGCAUCAGUCAUAGACACAGAUGAUCACCGAGUAUUGAUACAUUUUGAUGGAUGGAACCAUGAUUACGAUUACUGGAUUGAUGCUGACAGUGCUGAUAUCCAUCCUGCAGGCUGGUGUGCUAAAACUGGUCACCCUCUUCAGCCACCUAUCAGUCCUUUGGAUCUGGUGGAAGCCUCAGAACAGGGCGGAUGCCCUACGCCAGGCUGUAAAGGCAUCGGCCACAUAAAAGGAGUAAAACAUUCUGGCCACCACAGUGCAUUAGGUUGCCCAUACUCUGAGAUCAACCUCAACAGAGAAAAUGUGCUACAGGAUCGAUUGAAUGGAGAAAUGCCAGUCUGUAGUCCUGGUAUACAAAGGAACAAGAAGGUGGAAGCAGAUGGAGUAGAAACGAUCCCAUGUUCAUCUACCAUCACAUCUCAAGGAAAAUGCUCAAAGGACAAUUGGCUGGCAGAAGUAGCUGCUCAAGCAAAAAGGAGUGCUGAGGAUUCUGUCUCUGAUGAAGAAUCGCCCUGCAAAAAGUCCCUUUUGUUUUCUAGCAAAGGAAGAAAAUAUCCCAGAGCGGGAAGACCAUUGAAACAUCCAAGGUUAAAGGAGGAGGAGGAUGUAUCAAAUAAAGUUAACUGGCAAAAUGAUAACAAGGAAAAUGAUGAUAGCAGCCUGCAGCAGGCUUUGCACCAGUCAGUGUUUAUGUCCUCAGCAUGCCCCGUGCCUAGUCUGCCUCUCUGCUGGGAGCAGCACAGCAAGCUAUUACCUGGAGUUGCUGGCAUCACUGCCAGAAAGGUGGCAAAAUGGACUAUUGAUGAGGUAUCCGAGUUUAUCCUGAGUUUGCCAGGUUGUGAAGAACAAGCCAAAGCGUUUAAGCAUGAGCAAAUUGAUGGAGAAGCAUUUCUACUACUGACUCAGACUGAUAUUGUGAAAAUAAUGAGCAUUAAACUAGGACCAGCUCUGAAAAUCUACAAUUCGAUCCUUAUGUUUAAAACUGCAGAGGAAAACGGACAGAAUGAGCUUUGAAACAACUGGAGGUACAGCAUCAGAGCUGUAGAUAAUCUGUUUUUCAAUUAAAACUCAUCUUUAAUUCAAAGCACAAGGACUCGAUACUAGAAUGGACUUCCAAAACAAUACUACUGGAAUAUUACUGUUGACUUGGCAGACUCAGUGUGCUUGCAUGUUCAGCAGUUCUAAAAAUUGAGCUCAUCUCCCAUUCAUUUCCUCAGGACUUAAUUAUGCAAAUACCCACCCAAGUAAUUGACCUUUAUAUUGUAUAUUUAAACAUGGCUGAAGGGUUUUUUUGUAAAGAACUGGACAUCUAAUGUAUCAGACACUAAAAUGGAUUAGUUGUUAAUUUUUGCCUCUUUUUGUUUUCAGUGGAAUGGUUUGGUUUUGUUGGUUGUGUAUAGAAUUAUUUGAUAUCUGGUAAUGUAACAUUUCAUUUUCCAAAAUAAUGAAAUGUACACAAGGAUAUAUAUUUUCAAACUUUAGCAUAGUUGGAUUUAAUUUAACUAUUUGAUUGUAUGCAUCUUAACUUAAUAUCCAAAAGUAAGCAGGAAACUCUAAUUGAGACACAGAAUUGGCCUUCUCACUUUUAGUUAAAAUGUUCUUUGGUUUAUUGAGUAUUGUGUUAAUUCUUGAUACAAUAACCAUUUAUGUAAAUCACAUAAAUUAAAGGAUGAAUGAACUGCAGGUAAAGUCAAACUUUGUGACAAACUUGCGUUAAAAAACUGAGACAGGUCUUCUGCACAUUGGACACUUUCUGGACUGGAGCAUCAGAAGGAAAAGUUUGCAAGCGCAGACCAACAUAUUAAUAAUUUUCUGGUCAUUCAUGAAAGCGACUAGAGAGUUGGGAUUGCUAUCCCAAUAUUCCUCGUAAAUUUCCCUCUUAUUUAAACGAUGUAAUUGAUUCUACAUAUUCAACCAACAGGAACCACGCAUUCCAUAUCCUGACAAUCUUUGUGAAGUUAUCAAUCCUGGAUUUGUUUUUAAGUGUGUUUUUUUUUCCAGAUCAAAAGUAACUAACCUUGGUGUGAUGUAAAUUAAAUUAUAGUCAUGAGUUGAAUAUGUUGUGCAAUAAUAGCUUUGAUUUGAACUAGACUGGUUGUUAAUAAUGGGAGGUUUGCUGCUGAACUUUGCAAUACAAGAACAAAUUAUUGUUAUUUAGUGCCUUUCACAAGGCACUUCAUAGGGAUAUUGCCCUAUUACAGUAUCUCCAAGUCACAAGGUAUUCAGGCAGAUUGCCAAAGCUAGUCAUUUUUCAGAAGUUUCUUCAAAGGAAAGAUAAUGAGGCAGAGAGGGCUAGUGUGUGAAUUCCAGAGCUUAUGUGCUGUUGAAGACACCAUUACCAAUUAAAUUUUCAAAUGAUUGAGAAGGUUGUAGAGCAGGAGGAGAUUAGAGGGAUGUGUAAGCCAGGAUGAGAUUUUUUAAAAAUGGAGACAAUGUGUAACUAGAAGCAAGCAUAUGUCCACAAGCACAGUGUUUGAAGUGUGCACAGAAUUUGUAUAGUUGGUAGCAUAUGGGCAGCAGAGUUUUCAGUAUUCUGAAGUUUAUACAGACCACAGCAAGAGGUUAGCCAGGACCACACUAAAACCUCGAAGUGAAAAAAGGUUAAUUGAUCCAUGGGAAGGGGAGCAGAGUUGUGUAAUCUCAUAGAGGUGGGCAUGGGUGUUGUUAAUGGUGACAUGCACAUGGUUAAGUGUGGUACCAAGAUGCAGUCUGGUUCUGUUUCAGAUAGAUACCAGAGAUUUGGAUGCAAACAAGUGGCAAAGAAAUAGAGUUUGCAGUAGUCACCAGCGAUAAUGCCUUUAGACUUCAUGAUAUUUAGCUAGAGAUUUUCCCUUUAUAUGGUGCUACAUAUAUAACAAGAAUUUGUCCAAAUAAUUUGAAGAGGCGUUGGGUGUUAUAGGGCUACAUAUUUGGGUUUUGCUUUUGAACCGCAAGAGACUGCAGAUGCUGGAAAUCUGAAAUUUUAAAGUAAAGGGGAAAUGGUAGAAAUGCUCAGCAGGCAGCGCAGUAUAGGUGGAGAGAGAUACAAACUUAAUAUUUCAUGUUGAUGAUCUCCUUUCUGGUGAAAGUUCAUUAACCUAAAGCAUUAAUUCUGUUUCUUGAUCAAUAGAUGCUACCUGACCUGUUGAGUAUUUCCAGCAUUUUCUGCUUUCAGUUACAGAAGAUUUUAUAAAUCACUUCAAAGCAGAAACAGUACUGUUUCAAUUGCAUCUUACUACUCUUUUAUAAAAUUCUUGUUCUUUUUGGUCUGAAAAACUAAAAGAAGCCCAUUUGGUCAAGUAUAAAGCCACUUCUGUUUCUUUGAGAUUAAGAUUGACAGUCCACUCAUCCUGAUACAGAUAUUCCAUUAUUCUUUGAAGCCUAAAGAUUUGCUGUGAGAAAUAAUCAAUGCAAAAAAAAAUUGGCGACAUUAGCUAUCUCAAUUGGUACCAUUUAAGGCCUUUGCACUACAGCACAGUAGGUUUUAAUGGCAGAUAAAUUACCUCAGAGCAGAUUUCAUUCAUAUUAUCCUUUAUCUUAUGUGGGAAACUGUGUGCUAUCCUUUUACUGAAACAAAUAAAUAAUAUUUGAAUG